AGGGGUGCGGGAGGAGGGGGCGGCGGGAGGGGCGCAGGGCAGGGUCGCGGGGAGUUCCGGAGCGGGCGGGGUGGGGGAGGGCGGCGGCGAGCGGGCGCGGGGAGGGAGGGAGGAGGCCGCGCGGCGGCGGCGGCUGCGCCGGGCUCCGGGUCGCUGUGGGCGCCGCGGGAAGAUGCGGCUGAAGCUCGGCUUCCUGGUGCGCAGUUUGCUGCUGCUGGGCGGCUUCCUGGGGCUGCUGGUGCUCUGGUCGUCGCUGUCGCUGCGGCCCGACGAGCCGAGCCCGCGGAGCCGGAUGAGGGAAGACAGAGGCUUCGCUGGCCCCGUCCCUAACCGAGGCGGUAAUGCUCUAGCUCCCGGGGACGACAGAUUCAAGCCUGUGGUGCCCUGGCCUCAUGUCGAAGGGAUAGAAGUGGACUUAGAGUCGAUCCGAAGGAAGAACAAGGCCAGAAAUGAGCAAGAGCGUCACGCUGGCGGAGAUGAGCAGAGAGACGUCAUGCAGAGGCAGUACCUCACGUUCAAGCCUCAGACUGUCACCUACCCGGAGCCCGUGCUACGCCCAGGGGUCCUCGGGAACUUCGAGCCCAAAGAACCGGAGCCGCAAGGAGUCGUCGGGGGUCCCGGGGAGCAUGCCAAGCCUUUGGAACUGGGGCCGGAAUACAAGUCGGCCGUUCAAGCCAGCAUUAAAGAAUUCGGGUUCAACAUGGUGGCCAGUGACAUGAUCUCCCUGGACCGGACCAUCAAUGACUUACGCCAUGAAGAAUGCAAGUAUUGGCAUUACGAUGAAAACCUGCUCACUUCCAGUGUUAUCAUUGUCUUCCAUAAUGAAGGAUGGUCAACCCUCAUGAGGACAGUCCACAGUGUAAUUAAAAGGACCCCAAGGAAAUAUUUGGCAGAAAUCGUGCUAAUUGAUGAUUUCAGUAAUAAAGAACACUUGAAAGAGAAACUCGAUGAGUAUAUUAAGCUGUGGAAUGGCCUAGUGAAGGUAUUUCGAAACGAAAGGAGAGAAGGUUUAAUUCAAGCACGGAGUAUCGGUGCCCACAAAGCUAAACUUGGACAGGUUUUGAUAUACCUUGAUGCCCACUGUGAGGUGGCAGUUAACUGGUAUGCACCACUUGUAGCUCCCAUUUCUAAAGACAGAACUACAUGUACUGUGCCUCUAAUAGAUUACAUAGAUGGGAAUGACUAUUCCAUUGAACCACAGCAAGGUGGGGAUGAAGAUGGCUUUGCCAGAGGGGCCUGGGACUGGAGUUUGCUAUGGAAGCGUAUUCCUCUAAGCUACAAGGAAAAGGCCAAAAGAAAACAUAAAACUGAACCUUAUCGGUCCCCAGCCAUGGCUGGUGGGUUAUUUGCCAUUGAACGAGAUUUCUUCUUUGAACUUGGUCUCUACGACCCAGGCCUUCAGAUUUGGGGUGGUGAAAACUUUGAGAUCUCAUACAAGAUAUGGCAAUGCGGCGGCAAACUACUCUUUGUCCCUUGUUCCCGUGUCGGACACAUCUAUCGCCUUUCGGGCUGGCAAGGGAACCCUCCCCCCGUCUAUGUUGGGUCCUCGCCAACGAUAAAGAAUUAUGUUAGAGUGGUGGAGGUGUGGUGGGAUGAAUACAAAGAUUACUUCUACGCAAGCCGUCCCGAGUCAAAGGCAUUAGCCUAUGGGGAUAUCUCGGAGCUGAAAAAAUUUAGGGAAGAUCACAACUGCAAAAGCUUCAAAUGGUUCAUGGAAGAAAUAGCUUAUGAUAUCACCUCCCACUACCCUUUGCCCCCCAAAAAUGUUGACUGGGGAGAAAUCAGAGGCUUUGAAACCGCUUACUGCAUUGAUAGUAUGGGGAAAACUAAUGGAGGCUUCGUGGAACUCGGACCCUGCCAUCGGAUGGGAGGAAAUCAGCUUUUCCGAAUCAAUGAAGCUAAUCAACUCAUGCAGUAUGACCAGUGUUUGACCAUUGGGCCUGAUGGGUCAAAAAUUAUGAUUACACACUGUAAUCUAAAUGAAUUCAAGGAAUGGCAGUAUUUCAAGAGCCUGUUCAGAUUCACCCACAUCCCUACUGGAAGGUGCCUAGAUCGCUCCGAUGUCCUCCAUCAAGUUUUCAUCUCUACUUGCGAUGACAGUAAAACGAGUCAGAAGUGGGAAAUGAAUAACAUCCACGGCAUUUAGGAAGAACGGAAGAGAGCAGCACCUACCUGCUGACCCACACAGGACUGACCCCCGCCUGAAACCUGCUGCAAUCCUCACUGACUCUGUACAGUUCGGCACCCACAACCUCCCGAUCGGUCUGAAGGACAUUGAUAAACUGUGAUGUUACAAUAAUAAUGUUAUCAUCUGCAGUUACUGUUUACAAAACUGCUUUUUACCUUAAACUUUGUAGAUGUUUACAUCCUUUCAUGUUUUGUUUUAAGAUGCUGUUGGUAAUUUGUGCAUUUGGCUCUGUUUUAUUAGGAACGGGGUUAAAGGCAUCGUUGUCUUCUUUGGGAUUACACUCAGGGGUCUGAAAGGCAGUUUGAUUUUUUUUUUAAACACACUUGAAAAAAAAAAAAGGUUGGAUGAACCAGAUGUCAUGUAUCACUUGGUGAUUGUCAACCUGUUGUGUUUCUUAUUUAAUUUGACAUCAGUUCAGAGCACUGCCCCAGGUUUUCAGCCGUGGUGGCCUUUCUU